AUGGCAUGCUUUUCGGCAAAACUUAGCUGCCGCCGAAAUAACGUAAGAAUGGAUUGCGCGGGGCUGGUUUGGUUCUGGAGUCACGGGGAGGAGGCGAAGGCGAGGCGCGAGAAUCGAAAGUUCCUGCUCAACCAGUCGCGGCAGGUGCGCAUCAGCAUCCUGCAGAGCGCCGAGGUGGGCAGGAAGCUGCUGCUCUCCUGCUACACCGGCGCGCUGGAGGUCAAGAAGAAGGAGCUGCUCAAGUACCUCACCGCCGCCAGCUAUCUCCAGAUGGUGCACAUCGUGGAGAAGUGCACCGAAGCGCUCUCCAAAUACCUGGAAAUCGACGCGUCCGUGGAGGGCGGCGAUCAGGACGCGGAAAGGUGUCAUUCCUCAGACGCCGAGCUGAGAAGUAGGGAUGAUGCUUUAGAUCAAGACUGUGAGAUAAUUGAGAUUUCUGAAGAUAGCCCGGUUAAUUUAGAGUAUGCCAUCAAACAGGAGAAGGGGGAUAGCUCGCGGCCUGCAGCGCAGAGCUUAACGUCAGAAAGGAAGGACGCCAAAACCCCAGAAAUACCCACGGUUGAAAUAGGUUAUAAGGAUGAUGAAAUUUGUAUCUUCAGAAUGGAUUCUAUGGGCGCAGCUAACAUAGAAAACGAUCAUUUUCCUCAGCCUUGCACUUCCUCUAAAACAAGCUUAUAUUUUCCAGAAACCCAGCACUCUCUGAUAAAUUCUACAGUUGAAAGCAGAAAUACAGAAAUGUCAGGAAAUCGCUUUCAGGCUUUUGUCAGUGAUAAUCCAGAAGGAACUUCUAGCGUGAUGAAUGGGUUUCAGAGUCUGGAUGAUGCUAGUAAUUCAUGGCGGCACCAAUGUCCAAAGUGUCCGAGGGGGUUUCUGCAUCUUGAGAACUACCUGAGACAUCUGAAAAUGCACAAACUCUUCUUGUGUUUGCAGUGUGGCAAAACAUUUACGCAAAAAAAGAAUCUCAACAGACACAUCCGGGGGCACAUGGGUAUCCGCCCCUUCCAGUGCAUGGUGUGCUUGAAGACGUUCACUGCCAAAAGUACGCUGCAGGACCACUUGAAUAUACACAGCGGUGAUCGGCCUUACAAGUGUCAUUGUUGUGACAUGGACUUUAAACACAAGUCUGCUCUUAAAAAGCACCUGACUUCUGUUCAUGGAAGGAGUAGCAGUGAAAAACCAAACCUGACCAGUAUUACAAAAGUUAAAAUAGACUAUGAUUAAUAGAUGGGCAGAUGUGGAGCCAGGCUCCACCAGAUGCUCCUGUCUAGUGAUAUUCUAGAUGUUCAAUGGAUCCCCCCCUUAACAGACAGAAGCAUAAAUAUGUGAUGGAUGAUCAAAGACAGGCCUUGCUCGUAGUGAACUCGCCUGUUGUAUUUAGGCUGCUAUUGGUGUAAGUGUUCAGAAGGUGUUUAGUAUUUGAAAGUAAACCACAAAAUAUGGGAAAUGAUUUUAUGCUUCUCUUCUACUAUCCCUGAUGUGGAUAUCUGUUCCACGUUGGUUUUUUUUUCCCCUAAUUGCGUUUUGCACUCCGCUGUUUUGAGGGCAGGUGCUGCCAGUUUUCAAAGUAUUGUUGAUACUGCAAUAAGCUGAAGCCUGAGCCAUGAUGUUCCUGAUCCAUAAUGGCUAAGGAAAGGGGAUGUUUAUUCAAUCACCUGUACCCAUUUCAUGUAUCAUUUCAUGGUGAAAUCAGCUCUGUACUUGACCAAAUGUUGCUGGUUCUUUCCACAAAAAGAAAGCAUGUUGUCUCACUCAAGUCUGUGAUAUUUAACCAACGAGCAAACAAACUAUAGUCAAGGAAGCUUUGAAGUUGCCUUUUACAAAUAGAGAACUGGUAAAAGACAAAAGCAAACGUUAUUGCCUUGAAAUUCAUUUUUAACUGGAUAGCCUCAUUAGAAGGACUUGCAUUCAGUUUUAUGAAUGACUUGUGAAUUUUUCUAAACUUUCUUCUGAUCACAUUUCUUCUGUCAUGGUGGUGUUUAGCAGCCUUAUUUGACUAAUUCUAAGUUAGUCCCAUUUGCUGAGGUGUACUGUUAUAUUUGUCUUCUUUUUUACAAAUUCUGGAUAUAUACACUAAUGUGAAAACUUGAGCUGUGCGCUGUUAUGUAAUAGCGGUUACUAUAUUCAUUUUGAAAAUCAUCCUUUGUAUCUUAAAAGGAAGAGUUAAGACGUAGCGGUUUUCUCAUACUCUAAUUCUGUGAUACAGUAAAACAGUACUGUGUGUGUUUGGGUAGGUGUGUUUGUACUUUGUCAAGGGUCAUUUCAGUUUCAUCACAAGCAUCGAAAGCCCUGUAACUCAGAAUCUUUAUCUCGUACCUGUUUUUGACUGGUAUAUGUUACUUCCGCUUACUGUGAUAUGAAUGAACAGGCAAUGCAGUUGUUACUAUGAAUAAUGCUACUUACUUUACAUUCUGUCAAAUCAGCAGAAGCAGUAGUUCUUAUACCCUUUCGUGAUACAGACGAGAUUAAUACCUUCCCUCAAGUUUCAGAGGAGCUGUUGUGAAGUUCUAGCUCUGAGCGCGUCUGCUGCAGAAGUCUGCCACUUGUGCUGCAUAACUUGCCUGUUUUUAAAAUGUAAGACAACAGUUUGUAAUGUCAGUUAACGGGCUUAACUUAUUUUCCACGCAUGUAUCUAUGAGUGCAUCAGUCAUUGUUUGGUGUUUUAUGCAUCAGCUUCUUGAGGGUUUGGGUAUGUAGAACACACACUAUGCUGUUUCCUAUUAUUGUAAUAGGAAUGGUCAGCUCUGCCAGUGUUACUACUGUCUUAUCUAUCGGAAGCGUAAAAUGAAGAGUCUUGCUUCAGGAUGGAUUUUUAAGCUCUUCAUUUGAUAUCAUUCAGUGCUUUAUUGAUAAAUGCAUAUUAUUUGGAUUGCAGUGAUAUUUGCAGGUCCCAGUUCACACUAGGCUUUAUUAUGGUUGGUCGUGUAUGCCUUCCUCAAAAGGAACGUAGUCUAGAUAGACUAGUAGUAUGUUCUGUCACCAAUCUGAAGCUGAGCGAGCCACUAGUGCUGUAUUCCUCCAAAAAUUCACCAAAAAAAGUGCUUGACUUUACAUAUACAGUUGACUUCUGAAGGACUCCUUCAUUGUACUGAUUCAUCAGAAAGGCACGCAUGCAAAGUCUGCAUACCAGUGUGUCCCUAUGAAUAGUGACAAAAAUGACACGCCCAGGUUAGUAGGUAGUGUAACUGUGAAUUAAAAUUGGCUAUUGAACCUAUUACUUUAGGCAUAAACCCCAACCUUUCACAGUCUCUGCUCUUACUUUGUAUUAAAAGUUUAUCAUCUGCUUUGUUUUGGUGAUUUCAGCUGCGGUAACUGUCAUGCUAAUGUUUGGGAAUCAGCUUGCUUAUGGUGCAACUGCCUCACCUUUUGGAACAACUGCAUUUCAUAGUGUUUUCUUUUGUUUGUGAUUAUCAGUCAGUGUUUACAGCCUUUUUGACCUUGUGAUUAGCACCGAGUUUGCUUGUAUUUCACAAAAUAUCAUUAAUUUCUGGUUCUUAAUUGCAUCAAAAUUAAGAGCCUGACUUUCAAAAGCAUGCUAAUAUCAUGCCCUUGCAAUUCCUGUAUUUACAGACGUUAACUUGGGUAUAUGUACAGGCUUGUAUGUAGCUUUUAAUUUCAUCACUUCAUUUAAAAUAAAGUCCUUCAUCCUUGGAAGAGGUCAUAAAAUAAGGAAAAUGUUGUGUUUUCCUCCCCCCGUUCUUUUUACACUGGGCUGCUGUUAACUGGAGUUCAAUAAAUAAAUGUAUCGUGCAGUUGUGGGA